UGUCAUUGUUGAUUUUAAAUCAAAUUUGAAUCCGUCAAGUUAGCGUAAAAAUGAGUGGCCAAGUUCCAGCUCGUUGCAAUUACAUCAACUACGACAUUUAUUUCGGCGUGGUUCCAGUCGGCACCACUGUUGUAAAGCCCUACCACAUCAGGAACCAAUACAAUGAAGUUGUCUCGUACCUUGUAACCAGAAACACUCGCAUCAGUCCCAUUUACCACGUCUUUGAUGCCAAUAAAUACGAAACGAAGCUUGACCCCGGCCGAGAAUUGGUUCUAAAAAUCAGUUAUUCCCCCAACAUCCCUGGAACGAAAAACUACGAUUAUUUCACAGUCAACGACAGUCGACAAAAUUUCUAUCGUCUGUGCUUAAGAGGGGAAUGUUCAGGCCCUUUGGUCACCACUUCCAUUAGAAACUUAAACUUACUGAAAACACCCAAACAAAAAAUUGUGAAACAAAUUUUCACUCUUAGUAAUAGUUCGGAAUGUUGUGCAAGGUUCCAGUUCGACUGUAUUAGACACGAACAGGGGGUUUUUGCAGUGGAGCCAGUCGAAGGGGUGAUCCAACCCCAAGAACAUGUCUACAUAGAAGUGAGAUUUUCACCCCAAAAUCACCGAUUUUACUCGCGACAACUCGCAUGUCUCAUCCUGUACCAUGAACCGAUUUUGAUCAACUUAUUUGGGAUUUAUUCAAACACCGAUUAUGACCUAACUCAGUCACCUCUCAGGUACUACCAACUACCCUACGAGGAAACUGUGAGUUUUGCAGGAUAUUUAAGCGACAGUGUAACUCUUAAAUAUGUCCCACCACCGGUUUCUUUCACUGUUAAUUAUCUCGAUUUUGGACGAAUGUUACCAGAAAGUUCGUGUCAAACCUUGACGACAAGUUUCACAAACCAUAUGGAAACUCAAGUGGAAGUCGAGUGGGAGAAAACUGAACUGUUUCGAAUUUACCCGGAAAAACUAGAAAUUCCGGGGAAAAUGUCCGCUUUGUAUGAGUGUAGAUUUCACCCAAGUGUCAAGUGUAGACUAUCAUCGGCCAUAAUCAACGGCUUUGUCACGUGGACCCCCACAGAGGAGGACAACCCGCUUACCAUAAACGUCCCCAUCCCUGUAUCUCUACGUUUUAUUGGACACAGUUUUCCGGGAAAACAAGCAUGGAUACCCUCAAUUUCCAUAAUCCCAAACAACGUUAUUCUCCCGUUAUGUCUCCCAAAUCUCCCCUCUUGGACAACAUUUAUGAUAGAAGCCCAUGGCCAUUUGCCUGUCCUUUUCAAACUCCUACCCCCACGCAAAACGAAUUUCAUAAUGAAGCCAAUGGUUGGUCUAGUCCGAACAUUUCAAAUUAUUGUAGUCCAACUCGAAAGCAAUUCCACUGAACCAACUUCAUACAUCGAAAAAUGGAAUAUCGAACUCAACGGGCGCGAAAGCUCGAGCCCCAUUUACGUCAAAGCCCAAACUGACGUUCCGAGACUCGUUGUGGGGUACGAAAACUGUAUCAAAUUCGAGCCAAUGCAGCCUGGAACCCAGACCAGUAUUUAUGUCCCCCUCGCGAAUGUCUCCUCGUGUCACAUCCAGUAUGAAUUUUUGACUUCUGAGUAUUUUGGGGUCGUGACCCCCCGAGGAGUGUUGGCCCCCAACGAGGAGAUUUUUCUCACUUGUUGGUACCAAUCCGAUUUAAGUCAAAUUGGGGAAAGCAAUUUUUCGGUGAAUUGUCGAAUUCAGUGCAUGUACAAGGAAAGUGUGCUAAUUGGGGAACCUGUGGAUGUGCCUGUCACGGUUUUCGUAGAAGUGGUUUAUUCCGAGCUGUGUGCUUUCCCGAGCGUUUUUAAAUGCGGCCAAAUCGAAUACGGGAAGACAAUCACGACUUGCUUCCACAUUUUCAAUUUCGGAUACUCUAACAUAAAUUUCAAAUUAUGCCAUGAUCAUGAUUUGAAAGACGUUGUUUUGUAUCCGGCUUAUGGGAGAUGCGGCUCUCGUGAAAAACUCUUGGUCAAUGUCCAAUUCACUUUGAAUAAUUUGGGGAAACGGAGUCUACACAUUGGGUAUACAAACCGCCUCAACGAAUUUUCAGAAAAUGUCAUUAAUGAGGGAACCAAAAGCAUUUUCCGGAUUGAAUACGACUGCAUCUGUGCCACUCUCCAAAUCACUGAUUUGCUGGAACACAAUUUAGGUGGCUUGUUUAGUAACAGCGACUUGUGGUGUUUCUUGAAAAUAGACGAGAUCAAUGCUGCAUUAAAGGAAACAAAUCAAGGGGAAAUAUCGCGAGUCGAUUUGUGUGUCCCCGACUGUGAAAUUUCCCAAAAACUCUUCUACUUAGUCUUUGUCAUAAAAAAUGUGUCAAAUGCCGAUAUGAGAGUGGCUUUAAAAAGACGAAAAGUGUGCGAUUGUGAACAAAAACAAUCCGAUGAGAGUCUCACUUUCAGAAUUAAAGUCUACGAUUGCCCCCACAAAGAUCUAUUCUCCCUAGAAUUGACCAAUCCUUUUAUGCCAGCCAAUUCCGCUCAACGCCUCAUCCUCAAAAUCAAACACACCCUCCCUGACCAAAACAUGCUCUCCUACAUCCUCGAAAUGACCAAUGAGAGGACAAUCAUCUUCAACAUUUUAGUCAACAGUAUUGCGCCUGAUUCGUACGUUUUAUCAGUUUACAAGUUGGAUUACAAGCUAGAUUUGGGCUUUGUUUACAUCGGGUUGAGGGAAGCCCCCGUGUUGGCCUUCUGGCUGUACAACAACACGGCCGAAGCUGUGCCCUACAAGCUGGACGAUCUUGAAAUCGUAAAAUUGUGCAAUCAAGACGGCUUUCCCGUUUUAAAAUCCCUCACCUCGCUAGGUUUUAUCAAAGCGCGAAGUCGGGCACCACUUUUGUUCAAGUUUUGGCCGAUUGAAGUCAAGUGUUACAAAGUUAUAGUGCCCCUGAUGCUAGGGACGCAGCCUGCGACACUGCAAAUUGAAGGCUACGGGACGGACCAAAUAAAACAAUGCGAAUUUAAAGAUGUUGCAAAUUUGGCCCAAAAACCGUUGUACAACAAUGUUGUGAGUUUGUCGGUGGAUCGCCUAGUGGUGGAGCCACUUUUGGUGGCGAGUUCCACCCAACGGUUGUUCUUCAUUCGGAAUCGGGACCGAAAUCAUCGGAUUCAGUAUCGAUGGAAAACGUGCUUAAUCGAUGGUUUGGUGAAAAUGGAAGCGUUAACUAAUGACGGGUUCUUGAAACCUCAAGAAGCCCAACCUGUGAUACUAAAAAUUUCAUCCCUGAAUGAACCUUGCAGUGUUGAACCUUUAUUUUCUUGUGAAUUUGUUGAUUACGACCAGUUAUUGUCGUACAACGAAUCUGCGAAGUUAUUAAAUGAGAGACGGAGAAGUUCACUCAAGGAAUUCAUAAUAUCGGGUGAAACUGAAGAAAAUGAAAAUAAAGAAAUUGAAGACAUUGAAUUACCACCAAUGCCCGAAUUCUUUAAUAUUACAUUGCCGGUAACAAUUAACGUUAUUGGGUACUCGGACCGCGACACUUGUCUUUCCCUCGAAUCCCAAAUGAAGCAAAAACCUUGUGAUACAAUCCCCAUCGACGUCGAUCAAUUUUUAGAAGAAUAUUUCAAAGCAACUGAAGAAAAAGAACGUCCAAUUAGACCGCCAAUCGAAAAAAUAACCCAAGAAGAAUGUAAAAUUGACGAACCACUCAUUGCGAAAGAACUAACAAAAAAUGUUCUCGAAUAUUUAGCCAGUGAUGCUGUCUUCUGUGACUAUUUCCGCGAGAAAAUACACAUCAUGAAAAACGAACCCAACCCCCUGUACUCGCAAAUUAAACUCGAGGAAAAGGCCAAACAACACGAGACGAAAAAAUUCUUCACUCAAGCAAAAUUGUCGGAAAUUGGCGAAAUUUCCAAAGAAGCGGUGACGCAUAGUUUGGAGGCAACGUUUCAUGUGGGGCCUUUUGCGAGAAAAACUGAUAGGUUUGUAUGAUUUAUUUUUGACAAAAUGGGUCUUCAAUUCGGCGAAAAACAGCUAGGAACUUGUCGCCCUCGUUUCGAGUCACUUUCUGGCCUUCUUCAGAGCUAUCAAAGAGUUUGUCCACCACUGGAUCAAGUUUCUGUAAUCAAGUAAUUGUAAAAAUGAAAGUGGGAGUAGUUUCGUGUACCAGUUCCUCAUCAGGGAUUUGUUCAAAUAAAGGAUGUUCAU